GAUGUGCGGGUGGACGGGCAUAAAGACCGGACAGCAACGGGCAGCAGGUGCAGUCGUCUGGCAUGUUCACGCGCCACACGUUAAAGUUCUCAAGUAUGUAUGCCAACUGUUGCUCUGCGCCUUUCUUGCUUGACCGUGUGCUCAAGCACGAGGCGGCGCACUUCCUGCUGGGGUACCUGGUGGGGGUGCCCAUCACCGGCUACUCGGUCGAGCUGGGCCGCGAGCACACCGAGUUCGCCGAGGCCAAGAUACAGCAGCGCAUCAUCGAGCGGCAGCUGACGGACGAGGAGAUUGACUCGCUGGCGCUGGUGGCGGUGGCGGGCAUGGCGGCGGAGGGGCGCGAGUACGAGGAGGUGAUGGGCCAGACCGCGGACCUGUACGACCUGCAGCGCCUGCUGCUGCGCUCCAAGACCAAGCUCAGCGACGCGCAGCAGCAGAACAUCACGCGCUGGGCCGUGUGGAGCGCGGCGGGGCUGCUGCGCAGCCAUGCCGAGGAGCACAAGGCCCUGAUUGAGGCGAUGCGGCGAGGGGCGAGCGUGGCGGAGUGCGUGCAGGUCAUUGAGUCGGCCGGUGGGUCAAAGUAGGCGCGAGGUGCGACGCGAGGCGCAAGGCAUUUCCACGAAUUGCUAGCAGCGUGGCGUAGGUUGAUUAGGGGUGGCCAAGGUUGGAGGGGUGAGGCUCUGGGUGCGGGCGGUGUUUCCUGGGGACUGUGUUGCUGCAGUAAGAAACAGGGGACGGGGGACUAAGGGAUGUCUCAGGCGCAAGCGAGUAGAGGCGAGGCAGUAGUGCUGUGCAACAUACACAGUAGGCCUGUGCGCGUAGGUAGGCAGCAGGGGCAAAGGUGGCAUUUCAUGUAUGGCCUCAGUAUAUAUGUGUUAUUGCGCCAAUGUACGGUAAUCGAGGUGACAGCCUCGUGCCACGGCUCCCCACACGCCAUGGUUCAUGGGCCAUUCACUGACUUCGACCAGGGCAGGCGUGCAGUACCGUACAUGCGGCCUUAAAGCCGGGAGGCGCCUCUUGCACGCGUUAUUGCCGUACAAUAUAUAGUCCAUAUCGUAAGAGGCAGUUGCUUUACACUACCGUACGUGGACCUCGCCGGUCCACCAGGCGCGCGUAGGUGUACAUACAUACAUGUCAACGUGCGGCUGGCGGUUACACAGGGUUCUGUAGGGUAUGCGGCGGGUGGUCUGUGUCCGGGCUAGCUCACAUGGAGAUUGGAGAGGGUAAAGAUCAGUGGUACGACGGGAAGGGGCAAGGGAAGUAAGAAACAAGUGACGCCCAGCCCAGCCGCCAAUGAUCGUGGAAAUGCGUCGCUCCCGCGUACGGUUGGGAUCAGUGGGAGGUGGAGACACGCACUGAGCCGCUGGUGACAAGCGAUCGAGCUUGUGCUCUCGCUCGCUCCUAGGCCCAGCAGCAGGGCUCCUAUCUUAAUGUCUCCAGACAUUAAACGGCCAUUUUGGCCAUUUUCCAGACAAACGGAGGGGGGGGUUCACGCACGCUUUUGAACAAAACAAGCGGUGUCUGAGGAGAGGCAAACUCUACCAUAGUGACAUAUAUAUUUUGUAGAAAGUGAGGGAAUGUCAUGGUCCUUUAGGAGAUUUUCGGCGAUAUGACGAGGAUGAAGGACACCCCGAUCAAGUCUUCCUUUUUGCAGAUGCGCAGAGCCGGUGACGAGGAUUUGCCGGGGAUGCCGCAUUUUAAGUCACGCAGAGUUGUCAGGGGUGCAAAGCCCGCUGCAACUCCUUCCACAGUCCAUGGUCCAGCUAACCCGCGCACAGUGAAGAAAAGCUGAGACGAUAGAGGUCAGGAAUGAACAGAAGUCAGGGAUGGACCCCGUGCACGGGCGGAACCGUGGAGCUGCGGAGGGGUUGAAGAAAACA